AUGAUUGAGGCUACAAGAGGGCUCAGGGGCUCCCGACUCCUGUCCGUCGCCGUCCUCGUCCUCGCCAUUGCUCUCGUCUUCCGCUCCCUCACCCCGGCAGUCCCGCAAAUGGCCGACGACCUGCCCACCUCCAUCUAUGACAUCACCAUCAAGAUAAGUGAUACCUUAUUUUCUUGUGAAAUCGAGUUUAGUAUUGAAACCUGCACUGACGUUGGAUGUAAAUGGGACGAGGAUAUUAGGGGUGAUGACAUAAAACUGAGUGAGUAUGCUGGAGAGGUUCUUCUUAUCGUCAAUGUUGCUUCAAAAUGUGGGCUAACAAGUUCCAAUUACAAAGAGCUAAAUGUCUUGUAUGAGAAGUACAGAGAGAAAGGCCUUGAGAUACUUGCACUCCCAUGUAAUCAAUUUGCUGGUCAAGAGCCUGGCAGCAAUGAAGAUAUCCAGGAGACAAUUGAUGUGAAUGGUAAGGACGCUGCACCAUUGUACAAGUACUUGAAAUCUCAGAAAGGUGGCUUCCUUGGCGAUGGUAUUAAAUGGAACUUCACCAAGUUUCUUGUUGACAAAGAUGGCAAGGUUGUCGAGCGAUAUGCUCCGACGACUUCUCCAUCGAAGAUAGAGAAUGACAUCCAGAAGUUUCAUGGCACAGCAUCAUGA